GUGCUCGUCCCCUCUGACGUGUCCGCCAUCGCCCUGGACUUCAAGGUCCUCCACCCGGUGGUCAUAACCCGGCUCGGGGUGUUCCCCAGCGGGACCCGGCCCGAGCUUCAAAGCAACGUGACCGUGAAGCUCCUGCAGCUGGAUCAGGAGGAGGCUGUGGUUACGGCUCGCUUCAGUUCCAUCAGCACCGGGACCAUGGCGAACUGGGUGUGGUACAAACCCGUGGAGCAGUUCAUCCUGCCUAAGGGGUUUGAGGGGACGCUGGUUUGGGAGAGUCUGGACUCUGCUCCUCUGACCACGGUGAACUCCUCCGUGGAGCUCGACGAUGGAGGAGGCGUCCUCAAGUUCUCCCCUAUCUCAGAGGGAGUGCUGCCUCACAGAAGUGCUCUUGGGUUUCCUGGUUUGGCUGGAGGCUUCACCUUUACCAUCUACGACAAAGACGGACUGUCGGGGCUCCUGCGCGGCCGCUCAGCCAGGAUGGAGACGCACGCCUCCGGCCUGAGGGAGGAGGACGCCGCCCUGCGGGACGAGAGCCUCCGUCACGGCGACGUGGUGUUCGUGGACGUGGUGGACACCUACAGGAACGUGCCUUCCAAGCUGCUCCGGUUCUAUAAAUGGUCUGUGGAAAACGCCGACUUCAACCUGCUGCUGAAGGCGGACGACGAUUGUUACAUCGACGUGGACUCCGUUUUCAUGAAAAUUGACCGCAAAGGUCUCGAGCGCAGGAACUUCUGGUGGGGGAAUUUCAGGCAGAGCUGGUCCGUGGAUCGGAUCGGGAAGUGGCAGGAGCUGGAGUACGCCAGCCCGGCCUACCCGGCGUUCGCCUGCGGCUCGGGCUACGUGGUCUCGCGCGAUCUGGUCCGAUGGCUCGCCAGGAACGCAGAGAACCUGAAGCCCUAUCAGGGAGAGGACGUGAGCAUGGGGAUCUGGAUGGCGGCUGUCGGACCUCAGAAAUACCAG